AGAGAGAAAGAGACGAAAAGGAAGGAUCUUCAACUUAUUUUCUACCAAGAUUCUACUCCAUUCAAUAUGGCCUGCAUUUCUUCACUUGCAAGUAUCUUAUCACUUCUCCUAUCUCUCUCGGUGACAGCUCUGGGAGAUAUAGAUGUUGCUCCUUCUCUCAAUGCUUCAGAAGACACCUUCCCUCUCUCCGGAAAAAGCUGCUGCAUGAGACUCCCCAACAACAUAUCUCUUGGACUCGAUGAAAACGGUACUAGUGUGACAGUGGAUGUUGGAAAGUGCGUGGAUAUCUGUUACUCAUGGGUGUCUGGAUUUGCUGGUCUACAGCAAUGUAACGGAGAGUGCUAUGCCAAGAGAACAACAAUGAAAGUCUUCAAGCUUCAGACAGGUGAAAAGGAAGUCAGUGUUAUUCGGUCUUGUCGCUGUGGGGGAGCAGGGAGAUGUCGGAGGCUCCGUAAGACUGUCGUCUAUCACCCGGGCACAGAGCACAGAGUCGAGGUGGAUGUUGGUCAGUGCUCCAGUCGAGGUGGGUGUGGCACCGAUAGCUGUCAGGUGGUGCACUAUGACCUCAAGACCAUCCAAUCCCCUAAAGGUACGAGAAACGUGCCAGUUGUGAAGACCUGCAAGUGUGUGGGUGGUUGCCACCGGUUACCCCACUACGAAGAGGUGCGGAUGGACGGAGGGCAGGAUGUGAGACCGCGGGGAGAUGGGGGAGAGGAGGGAGGGAGUGGGGAGGUUACGGGACAGGGCGAGGAGCUGGAGGUGCCUCUGGCCCUCACGGUCGUCGAUGUCGGCAGAUGCUCCUCCUGGACUUGUCCAACUCCAAAACCACAGUGCAUUCCAUUGCCGGGUAACCCUAAUGAAUGCCAGAUUAUGUUAACCCCUUCCACACCGCGGUGUUUACCCACUGCCAUGGAAACAGUGGAAGUGCCCAUCGGAAGAAAUAUCACUCAGACUCUCAGGAAGGUCACCCAGUGUGGGUGUGGCCAAUGAUCACGUGACUAUCACAUGACCCACCCCCCUCAUUAUCAUUCAGAUCAUUAUUAUGACAAUACAACUCCUGCACUUCCUUCAUUAUUAUCAUUGUCAAUACUUAUACUACCCUGCAAGCAAAGAUCAUAAAUAAUAUUAUCAGAUUAUUAGAAAACCGUAGAACAUCCAUUAUUACAUGAUGUAGUGAUUUUAAAGCCUUGUUUUAGUGCUACAUUGAUUGUACUUCUGUUAUGUAUAAUAAUAUGCUUGCAUUAUGUGGAAUAGUAGAUCAACCAAACAUCCCAAUAGCAGUUACCGUAGUACAUACAAAUUUUGCAUGAUUCAUAUUCACACAACUCACAGUACUAUUCCUACAGUAAAAAGUAAGAGUAUGUAACUAACUGAACGUGUAAUACGUUUCUGCACAGUUUGCGGGAAAGUGAGCAUUAGGUGGUUCAAAUCACGUCCUCAUAGACCUCCUCAUCCUCCGGGGCUCCAGAAGGUGGGAGGAUGGAACGAGAUGAGUGUGUGUGGGUGAAGCCAGGGACCUCAGAGUCUCCUGCAGUCUCCACUGGCCUCCAUUGAGUACCACUGACACAGUAUCCUGGGUUACUCUCUGUAGCCAUGUCUCCUUCUCUCUCA